CCCGGAAGUGCUUGUUAAACCGGAUGUGCAGGUUUCCCAAUGUGACUUACCUCGGCUACAUUGUUUUGCCUUAAUACUAUCUUCGUUAAGCAGUUUAAGUCUACAAAAUGUUUCUUACCAGCGUAAAUUUGGCCAAGGCAAAAUCAAAGACCAUCCUGGUUCAGAUGGUGAGCGCUGCAGGGACAGGCUACUUCUUCAACACGAAGAGGAACCGUCUCACAGACAAACUGGUGCUGCGCAAACAUGAUCCAUUUGUGAACAAGCACGUCCUGUUCUUUGAGAAGAAGAAGAUCAGAUCGAUUUAACAACGCACCAGAAUAUAUGGACAACGUAAACCUGCUAGGUUUAAAGACUAUUUUUUAUUGUCAUGGAUUAUACAAGGUGUUUCAUCAGUCAACAUCUCUGUUUGGCUGGCUGAAAUGUUGUCAGAGGAUUUCUUCGGGGAUCUGUCAGAAAGCUUCUUCUCUCCCCACUGCACCAGUUGAGCAUGAUGCAAACCCCGGCAGAGCUUCAAGAAAGUCUCGACUUCCAUCAUUUUAAUCUACUACUCACGUCAAAGUGAUGUUAUUCGUUGGGGUUGUAUGUCACCAUUGAUUACCUGUAAAAAAAUAUUUGUGAAACAUGAUAUAUUUGGGCUAAUUACAUAAAUUAAGUAAAUUAUGUGCAGUACAAGAUACAUUUUAGGAUGUUUGUUAAUUAUUAAACAAUUUAAAAUGA